GCUCCCCACCAGCUCCGGCUUGCUCCCUGCCCACUCCCGGGGGGACGUUCCGUGCCGCGGCCGCCGCUUCUUUCACACUUUAGUUGGGAGCCGCGCGCCGCGCUCAGUUACUGGAGAGCUGGCCGCGCGCCGCCGCCUCCCGCACGCACGCACGCGGGCCGGGCUUCGGGGGUUUCGGCUCUUACUCCCGGCGUCUGGGAGGAGGGGGAGACCCGGACUCACUGUGGGGAGGAGGAGGAAGAGGAGGAGAAGGGAGGAAGAAAACAAGCGAGGAGGAUCCGGGCGGGGGGCGGGAGGCUUACCACCUUCAGCCCCCCCGCGAGCGCCCAAGCUCAAUGGACAGCUGAAUGGACAGUGCUGCAGUGAAUAGCCUUGUGAAUAUUUAUGUGCGCACAUUUUGACCGACUCAGCAAGAAGGUGGAUUUUCCUUGUGUCUAAAGAGAGAAAAAAAUGUCCCCGUGUCUGUAGAGAUGCUUUGCAGUUCAGCCCGGCUGAAGCUGACCGAAUGAGACUAUGGGCUGUGCCUCUGCGAAGCAUGUUGCCACUGUUCAAAAUGAAGAGGAAGCCCAGAAAGGGAAGAACUACCAGAAUGGAGACGUGUUUGGUGAUGAGUAUAGGAUCAAACCGGUGGAAGAGGUCAAAUACAUGAAAAAUGGGGCAGAAGAGGAGCAAAAAAUAGCAGCCAGGAACCAAGAAAACUUGGAAAAAAGUGCCAGUUCAAAUGUAAGACUUAAAACUAAUAAAGAGAUUCCGGGAUUAGUUCAUCAACCUAGAGCAAACAUGCACAUCUCUGAAAGCCAACAAGAAUUCUUCAGAAUGCUGGAUGAAAAAAUUGAAAAGGGUCGAGAUUACUGUUCGGAAGAAGAAGAUAUCACAUAGCACCAAUUCUACCACUCAAACCGGGAGCUACUACUGUGUAAAUAGGUUACACCCCACGUUGAAAUCUUUGCAAAGGUCGGUUCUCUUCAGCAAACAGCACUAUAGCAAAAGAAGAUCGUUCCAUAUCGUAUGCCCCAUUAAGUUACAAUGUUUCUUAAUGAACUUGCAAAGGAAUAUUGCUAAAAACAAACAAAAAAAAAACUGUUAUCGAACUUUCUUUGUUGCUGCUAGUUAAAACUUGUUGCAACUUUUCACUUCUCUCAGUGUCCAGGUCUGCAGCAAAAUUCUGCAAUUUCACCUUAAAGAUACUGUUGGUUUUACAGAUGCUCUCCAACCUAUUUUCUAUAAGAUGAGGUAGUGGUGAACUCAGAUAUCCAACUUCUGCUCUAGACCGGUUCCGCUUCUAAGACAAGCGCCUCCUUCCCUCUCUCCUCCCUCCCUGCCUUCCCCCGCAACAAGCAGUCCAAAGCCUUGCUUCUCACUGGCAGUGUUUCGCUUUGGAGAUGGGACAGUUGCUAUGGCAAAAGCCUUGUUUCUCUGCGAAGAAGAAGUAGAGGCGCUGUUAUCGAUUAAAAGCAUGUUGUGACAUGACUCCUGGAGGUGACAUAGGAGCGAACGGCAGGUGGUUUCAUUUCCUGGGUCUCUUAAUCAAAGAUCAAGCUUGCAGCGUCAGUUUUGCUCAGAUGCAGACGGAAGUGUGAUCACAAUCAUUUUGGAUCCCUCUUGCCUACUUUUUUUUCUAAGAAAAUAAACAUUUUACUGUUUUUA